AGUAUGGUCUGGUGUGCUGGUUUGGGAAUCUUCCCUUAAAAUAUGGUGAUUUCAUUUUGAGAUGAGACAUUAGUCUGAAGAUAUAAAUAUACGAACCAAACUGAAACAACCACAGAUAGCAAAUGGCAGGAGGAGUGAGGAGGAUCAAGUUGGGUUCACAAGGCCUUGAGGUCUCUGCUCAAGGCCUGGGAUGUAUGGGCAUGUCUGCCUUCUAUGGCGCUCCGAAGCCCGACGCAGACAUGAUCAGUCUCAUCCACCAUGCCAUUGACUCAGGCGUCACCUUCCUCGACACCGCUGACAUGUACGGCCCCUUCACCAACGAAAUUCUGCUUGGCAAGGCUCUGAAGGGAGGGGUAAGAGAGAAGGUUGAAUUGGCCACCAAGUUUGGCAUCUACUUCGCAGACAACAAGAUGGUGGUGCGAGGUGACCCUGCCUAUGUGAGGGCUGCUGCCGAGGAUAGCUUGAAGCGCCUUGAUGUUGAUUCUGUUGGUCUCUAUUAUCAGAUUCGGACUGACACCACUGUCCCCAUAGAAGUCACGGUAGGGGAAUUGAAGAAACUAGUUGAAGAGGGUAAGGUGAAGUACAUUGGCCUAUCUGAGGCCUCAGCUUCUACAAUAAGAAGAGCACAUGCUGUUCAUCCAAUAACAGCUGUGCAGUUGGAGUGGUCCUUGUGGUCGAGAGAUGUCGAGGCAGAAAUAGUUCCUACUUGCCGGGAACUUGGCAUUGGUAUUGUUGCAUACAGUCCUCUUGGGAGAGGAUUCUUUUCAUCAGGGGCGAAGUUCGUCGAAAACCUCUCCCAUGAUGAUUCUCGAAAGCAUCUACCCAGGUUCCAACCCGAAAACGUAGGGCAUAAUAAAACACUAUUCGAGCAGGUUAGUGAUCUUGCUGCAAGGAAAGGGUGCACCCCAUCUCAGCUAGCACUGGCCUGGGUUCAUCACCAAGGAAAUGAUGUGUGUCCGAUACCCGGAACCACAAAGAUUGAGAAUUUUAACCAGAAUAUUGGAGCUCUGUCUGUGAAACUGACACCAGAAGAAUUGGCUGAGCUUGAAUCUUUUGCUUCAGCUGAUGCUGUUAAAGGUGACAGAUAUCCGAGUGACUGCAGAACUACUUGGACCAACUCUGAAACUCCACCACUGUCUUCAUGGAAAGCAACAUAAGUAUAUGUCGUUCAUCAUGUCAUACUUCGAAUAAAUGCCGCUUUGUACCUCCUCAACUUUGUGAUUGCUUGACUUUCAGACAUCAAACAUUUUGUACGUAAAUUGCAUCAUGUUGUAUUGAGUAUUUUAAAGUAAGGAAUCACCUGGGAUCAAGAGAAAAGAUAGUUUGAUUUCUUUUCAA